AUGCUGCCAAAAAUAAUAAUAAAGGGACCAACACCACCUUCUAAUAGAGUCACAAUAACAACCGAGAAAAAUAAGAGAUCAAUCACUAAGUAUAAUGUUACUUUCAGAUUACCUAAACAUUUAUUAUCUUCAUUGGAUUAUCCCUUCGGUAAUGGCGAGGUACAACAGGAAGCGACACCAGAAAGUCUGAGUAAAUGCCUGAGUAUUUCUUCUGAUGGACUUUCGGAAUUAGAUGAAGAAUUGAAUAAUAUGUUAAUGAAGGAAAAUAAUACGACAUUGCCUUCGACUCCUGUUUCUCCUGAUAAGAAUAAGAACCCAGAUAAAAAGGUUGGAGUAACCAAGAGAAAACAGAAACCUAGUGCUGAUUAUAAGAAAAUUCCUAAGAAUAUCCUACCGAUGAUUGAAGAAGAAUUACGAAAAUUAGAAACAGAUGACGAGUUUGCAAUGGUCGAUAGGAUAGUAUUCACAUUAAAAGACCCAUUGGGAGGGAUUAAAAUAAAACUACCGGUAAAAUCAGACCUAUGUAUCCAUUUCGAAUGUUUUGAUUAUGAAAAUUUUUGUAUGUUUAAUAAAAUCACUACAUCAACUAAAGAACUAACCAAACGGAACUUGAUUAAAAGAAAUAUCGACAAACUACAAUUGAAAAAACGACAGCAACAACAAAAGCAACAACAACAACAAAGGCAACCAUAUGUCCAAGUCAUAGAUAAACCAGCAUCAAAACAAAUGACCUCAAAAUUCGUGGCGCCCCCAGUAUAUAAUUGUCCCAUGUAUAAUUGUCCAAUCUGUGAUAUCAAAUUUCCAUUAACAGCAUUAACAAUCAGUGAUUCAUAUAAUUAUUUCGUGAAAAACACCCCUCAAGAAACCGAAAGAAUAGAGCUAUUAGGAAUGGAGAAAUAUCGACUAGUUGAUGAUCGAUUAUCUAUCCCAGCCCACGCAUCUACCGAAGAAUUAGGCGAUGGUGAUGAUGGUGCAUUUGUGGUGCUAUCGUCGGAUGAUGAACAGGAUGAGAAGAUAAAACAAGAAGCAUCUGUCGCGGCGGCAGCAAUACCACCACCAGGCCGGCGGUAUGGAACAUAUCUCAAUGCACCGGAUGUUAACCAAUUACCGCCUCAGAUUGCGGGGAUGAUGGGGCCGAUACCGAAUUUUCUUGUCCAGUAUCGGAAUGGACAGGCUCAAUAUAUACCGAUCAUACCGAAUAAUAAUUAUAAUGGUAAUAUGUAUGGAAAUGGGGCAAUGGUGGAGGAGGGUAGUGGGAAUGGGACGCAGGAUGAUCCGAUUACACUUGAUUGA